AUGGUAACGCUCCGUCGAAGGACAACGGUUGUGACCGGAGAACCCAAGCCGGUUGUGGAAGAAAAAAAAGCCGAGCCGGUGGUGGAAGAAAAAGGACUGUGCGGCGACGAGGUGAUGAUUCUGUCAGACGAUUCGUCCUCCGAGUGGGACGAACAAUCCUCCGAAUCGGCGGUGAAGGAUUUGCGUGGACGCUGGGAACUUGCUUCUGUUCUCAAUUUCUUGAAUGUAUUUGGACCACUUGUCUCGGAGAAAUUGAAGUUAACAGCUGAGGAGAUUGAAAUGGGUCUUAUCGAAUGCAACGCUACAAAUGCUAAGCUUCACACUGCACUUUUGAAGGGGAUACUACCGGUAAACAAAUCGCUUGACGAUGGAGGAGAUGCUUGGAUAACGGUCUUGUGUAAGAAACUCGCUCCAUGGUGGCCAUGGAUUGCUACGGGUGAAAUUCCUAUAACUGCUGCUAGCAAAGGGGAGCAAAUAUCUGAAUACAAAGGACUUGACCCUAUUACUCGACUCAAGUUUCUUAAGGCACUUUGUGAGCUUCGAGUCCAACAAGAUGGUGCUCGUAAGUAUAUUCAAGAAAAUGCCAAUGAAGGAGCCUGUGAUUCCCGUUUCUGCAAAAGGAAGUUAGGAGGAGAUGGAAAGAAGACUUCUUACUGGUUUGAUGGUAAUGACAUCCAGGGGUAUAGAUUAUAUAGGGAAGUCAAUGAAGUCUCAAAGAGUGCUAAAUCAAGGAAGAAUGCGUGCUCAGAUAUAUCUUGUUUCUGCUGGGAAACUGAAGCAACCAAUCUCGAUGAAUUUCAAAGAGUCGCUAGAGAGUUAUCAUCGAGCAAAGCUUCUUCUUUGGCUGCUGUCGGUAAGAUGAUUGAGACAGAUGCUAUACCCAUUGUUGAGAAAUAUCAUAAAAAGAAAGAAAGGGAAAUCAAAAAGAAAUUGAAGAAAGAGAUGGUCGUUAGUGUCAAUUUUACCCGUCCUAUCCGCACUACCCGUUCAUGUCGUAACCGCGUGCCUGCUACUUACACCUUUGACGAGUAUGACAAAAUGAUCGAUGAUGCUGUGGAGGAAACAAUGGAAACGGAUCAAGAUGAUGAGGAAGGAAGGAUGCAUCAAAGUGGUUCCAUGGGCUCAAACGAUGGUUCUGAAGGCGACAACAAGAUUAAGUUAACAGUUGACGAAGCACCACCUGAAAGCGACAAUGACGAUGGAAAAGAGAAUGGGAAAAGCAAGGAAGAUGUUGAGCCAAAGGGAGAGUUUAUGAGUGAACUCCGCCCUAUUCUAGUUUAA